ACUAGAAGCUGUUGGUCGGGCCCGCGGAAAUGGGCGAGCAUAAUCUUCUUAAUCCCGGGUUUGUGGGACCUUUGGUAAACAUCCACACUGGAGACACUUUUUACUUUCCGAAUUUCAGAGCCUCGGGGGGACAACUGGCGGGGCUACCGUCUCUCCCCUACCCGAGAAGGGACAAUGUUUGCUCCCUCCCGUGGAACCCAUCGGAGCCGUGCAAUGGAUACUCUCAAUCCUACUUUAGCAGCCCCGUAUCUAUUAACCCUUCUUUCAACCGGUCGUGUGAAAUUACUCGACCGGAGGAGGGUAAAUGUUAUUAUAGCAACGGCAGCGCAAGCAACAGAGAGAGCUGUUCCGGUGGUGGGGGGAGCAGCCUAAAACGAGAGGAUAGGGCGAGGGACACAUCAUCAUCCAUAACAUCUGAUCACGGUAUGCACACUGGCAUGGGCAGCAACAACAGUGGUGCCUUUUCCAAGUAUGAUUAUGGGACCGAGCAACUCACUCAAGACCCGCAGUCCUGCCUAUCUCUGGAAUCCGAUUCCAACUCCUCGCUUCUAAACGAGGGCAGCAAACCGUCCUCCAGCGACCCUCAGACCCUGGUGUCACCAGGAAACCACACGGUCCACUCGGGCAACAUAACUGCAGGCGGAGGUGCCCCGUGGUAUCCGAUGCACAGCCGAACCCGAAAGAAACGCAAGCCCUACUCCAAGCUCCAACUUGCCGAAUUGGAGGGCGAGUUCAUGCUGAAUGAAUUCAUCACCAGACAGCGGCGGAGGGAGCUCUCUGACCGCCUUAACCUCAGCGACCAACAGGUUAAAAUCUGGUUCCAGAACCGGCGUAUGAAGAAGAAGAGACUGAUGAUGAGGGAGCAAGCUUUGUCCUUCUUUUAGAAUUAGCAGAGAUGCAGCAGUAUACGGAGAAUCGAUUGAUAGGCAGUAUUUCUCCUGUCUGCAAGUGCUAUAAAUGCAUGCAAGCACCUAGCCUACUCUCACUCCAUCUCUAUCACACAGGAGGUACAAAAAGAUCAGGAAGGUAUUUGAGGUGUAGGCCCCAAACAAAACGACCAAGUGAAUCUGCUGCCAUAACUUAGAAUCUCUGCAGAGUUGUGCCAGAUAGUACUUCCUGUAUAGUGUUAUGGUAAACCACUUAUACAGACGUUUAUAAACUUGUGAGAUGAUAUUCUUGCGUCCCCCGCCGGAUAGGCCUAAAGGAUGGAAUUAGUGCUUGGUGUCCUAGACUCUGGUAAAUUCCCAAGCCCUUAAAAAUGAAUAAUUGAUUCUGAUAAAUUAAUUAUAACCGCGUAAUACUCCUUAUUAGUCAUAUGGCCAGUGAAUAUAAAUUUGAAAACUAAAAUGAACAAAAUGAAAAGCAAUGUAGCCUAAUAAGCAAAUGAGGCCAGAGUGAGAGAUUAACCCGUAAUCAAGCCAAUUCUCCAUUGUAGACCUAACUGAAUCAUCUUUAGGCGCAUUCAUUGUCACUGACAGUGUAGAUUGGUUAAGAUGGAGGACAUUUCCAGUUGUUUAAUAUCUCCAAAGUUAACUUCUAAGUGAUACGAAACACAAUACCCUUAUCUACUUUUCGUAGUCUCCGCCACGUGUUUGUGCACGUUCACUGUCACGGGCACGGAGUAAGACUCCAAAACGCACAUCAGAGGAUCUUAGAGAUAGCUAAAACUCUAAAUCCAUGCCAGCCUCUUUAUGAAUGCAGCGCAUUGAACUAUUAUUUGCCAUGAAUUAGUUCAAGUGCUGACAACUUUUUCUAGAUAGUUUCACUUUUUGAAUCGCCUCUCUCGUCAUCUCCCCCUCUGAACCAACCGCUUCUCAUAACAUUGGUGUUCGCUCUUAGAAUAAAAUGAUCCAAAAUGGUUAUUUGGCUGUCCCCCAUAGCAUAGGGGACUGGAAAAGUCUCCACGGAUCCGUGGGACGUCCCAACUCUGACGUCACCCCAUUGAAGUUGAAAUGUAUAACGGUUAAGGUAGGGUUUAAGGUUAGAGUUAGGGUUUAGGUAAGAGUUAUUAUUGAGGUAAGGGUUAACCUUUUACUGCAGUGGGCUAAAUCAGGGUCACACACAGUGUUUCGUGGUAGUCUUAAACAAAUCUACUUUGAAACAAAAGUAUACACCACACAC